GUUGAGUAUAGUCCGGUAGAUGUGCAAGUCGACAGUUGAAAACAUGGUGGAAAGUCGUAUUGUCAUACGUAAUUGUGUUAUUAAUCUCACAAAUAUCCUCCUGGAAGAACUGGAAGAAGUUUUGGAGGAAGAGAGAAAUCCUGAAAAAAGGAUAUGGUGUCGAGAAUGGCUUACACGGAGAGAAAGUCAAGGAGCUUCCACCAAUUUAAUAAGGGAGCUGAGAUAUGAAGAUCCUAAAGAAUACAGAAUGAUGCUCAGAAUGACUGCUGCAAAAUUUUACUAUUUGUUAGGCUUAAUAACUCCGUUAAUCCAAUGAGAGGACACUAUUAUGAGAGACGCUAUCAAACCAGAAACAAUGUUGUGUGCCCGGAAUCGAGUUGUACAGAGAAACUGCGUUAAAUGUGAAAGAUCGGUUAAAUAAGGCUUGUGGUGUGGCAUGGUGAAUAAAUGGGGAGAUCUGAUAACUCUAUUGGAUAUUUGAGCCAGGUAUAAGUUUGUUUUUCAAAUAUAAUUAUUUUUUUUAUUAAUUUUGUGUAC